AUGUCGAGCAGUAGGUCGCAUGUUGAGCCUCCAAUCCAUCUUCGCUGGUUUUGUGCGAUCUCGAGCCAGCCACAUCUGGGGGCCUGGUAUAUAGACACCUGCUUUCCAAGAUCCUGCACUCUGUUGGUCUUUUCGCAUCUUCUUGAUCUGACCGUUCAUUUCAAAAUACCAAGCCUUUUCUCAGACGUCGAACCCAUCAACGCAGGCAUCGAAACUAGCUCGCCAAAGCUUCCUCGCAUCAAGUACGCUACAACGACGAAGCUUAUACGUCCUCGCGCCAUCACAGUUGAAGUCCUUCGAACGAGACUCAGAGACCGUAGCACAAUUCGUUCUGCUCUUCUUCCUGCGAGUGAGUGA